AUGACUCUGUUAUACUUUAUUUUAUCAAUUCUUCAAAGUUUAGUAUUGCCUAAACUUGUUCAUGUUUUGCAAAUGUAAAGACAUGGAAUAGCAGCCUCAACGUCAAACCUAAUGAAGGAAUAUUAUCCAAAUGGUUUGAUAUCAUUAACCACCUCUGGGAUGAGAAUGAUGUAUCUAUCAGGAAUAUAUUUCAGAUAGAGAUACAUUGAAAACCCUAAUUAUAGUGGAUUCAUUGAUGAUAAUCUCAUUGAUAAGCAAAUAGGCAUAUCAAAUAGCGAUGUAAUUAGAACAGUCUAGAGCUCUUAAGCUUUUUAUCAAGGUUUAGUAAUCAAUAAUUCUUAAAGCUUGUAACUCAAGACUCAUCAUAGAAAAUCAAUCAGCUAAUCUAGAAGUUCCUCACCAAUAUAAGUAGAAAUGCAUCAUGAUGAAAAGACUCAAGAUGAUAUUGAAAAAAUAUUGAGUGAGUAUAAUCCAAUGUUUUCAAGAACCUUUAGCAGAGCUUAGAAGGAUAAGGUCAAUACGUUUUCUUGUAAGAUACUUACUGAAAUGCAUUUCUACUUGCAAACAUAUUAAAGUGAACUAUAUGCUUGGCCUAGAGUUUAUGAACACUUCAGAUCAACAGGUAUAUAUAAGGUGAUGGCAGAAAGACUAGAAAUUAGUGAAGAAGUAUUGAAACUCUCUGGAUUUUAGUUUGUGUAUACUUAAGCAGUUUUACUAUCAUCAUUAAAGAGGCAAUUUGACUUCUAAGAGAUAGAUGUUCAACCCUUAUCUUAUAGUGAGUGGAAUACAAUAGAAAGUAUUAUCACUACUCAUUAAUAUGGUGUUUUCAGUCAGUGGAUGAUUGACCUUCAAAAUAUGAGACUAAUGCAACUGUUUAUAAGGUAGCUAGAUAAGAAAGUAAAUUGUAUCUUAUCAAAAUCACUUUAUUAAUGCAGAGAAAUGAUGUAAUAUGAGAUAUUUAUUUACCAUGACUUAAACCUUCUUGCUGUCAUGAAGUUGUUGAAUUUUGAACAGUAGUAUAAGUAUACUUAAUAUUCAUCAGCUGUGCUUUUUGAGUUACAUUUCGAUUAAAAUUAACAUAAAAGGGGUUAUUGCAGAGGCUUGGAUUGCUUUCACAUUAAGAUAUAUAUCAAUGAAGAUUAGAUUUUUACAGAAUUGCCAUUUUGUGAUUACCAAACAUAGAAAUGCAAGUAUACUUAAUUUAUCUAAUAUGUUGAAAGCCGCUAUAUAAAAGAUAUUGACACAGAUAAGAUAUGUAAUGAAUAGUUCGACCCUAUGAGAUUAAUAAGACACAAAGCCCAUAUAAUUUGA